AUGAGCGUCGUGGAAACCAUCCGCGGCCUCCGGAAGAUGAGCCUCGCCGCCGACGACGACGGCGCCGCGGCGACGCCGCCCCCGAGUCCCCGGAACUCCAGAUGGCCCGCAGACGGAUGUACGAUUAGCAUCGCGACCGUCGUUGAAGUCAUCGGCGGCCUGGACGGCCUUCGCGCGAUCCUGACGAAGUACUGGCGCUCGGAUCGAAUCGACGUGACAAUGGACGUCUGGGAGGUACAUAUGCCGAGGGAUAUGGUCGACUUACUGAUUCCAGACCUCGAAGAAGCCCUCUGCCGCGGCUUUUUAGAUGGCCGCCGCGCGGUAGACAUGGCCGUAUGCCGUGUCGAAUUGUUGAUCGAGGAGAACAUCACGCUGCCCCUGACGCCUGUCAGCAAGUCGCGUGUGGUCCAGCUCAUACGCGAGAGGGAGGAAUAUGACUGGAAGCAAAUGAUUGUUGUUUCUUCCGUCUUUGCAAUCUGA